AUGCCAACGAGUUUGGAACACUUUCUCAGUUCUGAUGCAGCCAUUGCCAUCCUAAUCCCACUAACAUUAUUCAUUAUCAGUGCCUGUCUGCACCGACCAUCUUUCGCUGAAUUGUACAGCCUCCUCUCCGAAAUUGUAUACGGCAAGCAUGUCGCGUUACCCCACCCCUUUUCUCUUCAGCAUGCGGCAGUAUCAUUCGGCCAAUAUGCUCAGAUGUCAAAUAGGGAACUGUCGAAGAUGCGUGCAUCAUACGGGCGACUUAUUCGAACACACAAAUGCAUAGGUACCAGCUUCGGGUAUCCGAACAAGUUAGAUCAACUGGAGAAUUCUAUACGUACGAAUGCGCAAAUCACUCAAGGCAUCGCAGAUCUUGCUAGGAAUCAGUUCUCGAGUCUACUGGCCACUACGCUAUCGGCAGACCUACGAGGAGACCUCGGAAGAGUCAGAGAGUCGCUAAAGCAUUUCGUGCGAGAUUGGAGCGACGAGGGAAGGGAGGAACGUGCGAGGAUAUUCUCUCCGAUCUUGGACGUCUUAAAGGAGGUACAGCCUGCGCGGCGUGCGUCGAUGCGAGUACUCGUCCCAGGAUCUGGCCUCGGGAGAUUGGCUUGGGAGAUCUCUGAGCUCGGGUAUCAUACAACAGCAAAUGAGCUAUCAUUCUUCAUGAACAUCGCAUUUCGGUUCCUACUCUCAGAAGAGACGACGCAGACUCCACAUCAGCACGUCCUGCAGCCGUAUUCGCACUGGUUCUCUCACCAGCGUACCAGGGAGGCUUUAUUUCGACAUGUCACAUUUCCUGACGUCGUACCGCGGCUCGCUAGUGCAAGCCUCUCAUCCAAUCUACAUAUCGAGGAGCAAGAUUUCCUUUCGCUCCGCAUAUCACCAGACUAUGACUACAUAAGCACCCUCUUCUUCCUCGACACCUCUCUCAAUGUCAUCGAGACCAUUGAACGCAUAUAUGCACUUCUUAGGCCAGGAGGAAUGUGGAUAAAUCUUGGACCGCUCUUGUGGACCGGUGGGGGACUGGCCGGGGUUGAACUAAGCUUGGAGGAAGUUCUCCGCCUUGUGGAAUUAGUUGGUUUUAAGUUAUACGAGGAGCAUGACCAACGCCACAAGACGAUGCGUAGAACCAUUGAGUGUGAGUACACCGCCGACCGAGAGGCAAUGAUGCGAUGGUUGUAUCAGGCGGAGUUUUGGGUGGCAGUGAAGCCAGGGUGUUGA